ACCCGGAACAGCCUAACGUGCUAGCUAGCGUAUUAGGUUAGCCGCUGGCUCCACCACUGACAGACGUAGCGGCAUAAGAGGGAAGAGAUGGGGUCCAGGAAUCAGAUAAAAAUGUGUUGGGCCUUUACCAUCAGCUGGGUUGUGAUGCUGCUACAGUUGAUGUGUGUGGAAGCUGUGCCCAUAAGCAUAGACAAAACCAAAGUGAAGGAGCCAGAACAAGUAGAAACACCUCCAGCCAGUGUGGACACUGGGCUCCAUUAUGAUCGUUAUCUCAGAGAAGUAAUUGAUUUCUUAGAAAAGGAUCAACAUUUUAGAGAAAAACUUCAUAACACAGACAUGGAAGACAUUAAACAAGGUAAACUCGCUAAAGAGUUGGAUUUUGUCAGCCAUAAUGUCAGAACAAAACUAGAUGAACUGAAAAGACAAGAGGUGAACAGACUGCGCACACUUAUCAAAGCAAAACAGGAUAUUGAAGGAGGAAAUGACAUAGCUGUGGAUCACCAAGCUCUUUUAAAGCAGUUUGAGCACUUAAAUCACAUGAACCCACAUACAUUUGAAGUAGAAGAUUUGGACCGCCUCAUCAAAUCGGCUACUAAAGAUCUGGAGAACUAUGACAAAGAAAGACACGAGGAGUUCAAGAAGUAUGAAAUGAUGAAAGAGCAUGAGCGACGAGAGCAUCUGAAGACACUCAAUGAGGAGGACAGAAAAAAAGAGGAGGAGCACUAUGAAGAGAUGAAGAAAAAGCAUGCAGACCACCCCAAAGUCAAUCAUCCUGGCAGUCAAAAUCAAUUGAAGGAAGUCUGGGAGGAAGCAGAUGGUCUGGAUCCAGAUGAUUUUGACCCAAAGACCUUUUUCAACAUUCACGACACCAACGGUGAUAGCUUCUUUGACGAGCAAGAGCUGGAGGCAUUGUUCACCAAGGAGCUGGAAAAAAUAUAUGACCCUGCAAAUGAAGAGGAUGAUAUGGUGGAAAUGGAAGAGGAGAGGUUACGAAUGAGAGAGCAUGUUAUGAAUGAGGUGGAUACAGACAAAGACAGACUUGUCUCAUUAGAUGAGUUCCUGGUUGCUACAAAGAAAAAAGAAUUUCUUGAACCAGACAGUUGGGAGACGCUGGAGCAGAAUCAAGCUUACACAGAUGAAGAAAUGAGAGAGUUUGAGGAACAUUUGGCUCAACAGGAAAAGGACCUGAACCAGAAGGCAGAUGAUCUCCAGAAACAGAGAGAUGAACUGGAGAGACAGCAAGAGCAACUCAAUGCUCAGAAACAAGAACUUCAACAGGCUGUUGAGCACAUGGAGCGCCUUAAAUCACAGAAAAUAGAACCACCUCCAGAGGUUGAAGGUAAUGCUAUUCCAGUACCUGAAAAUCCAGUGCACCAAGUCCAACCUGAGGAGCACCAACCUGUGGCUCAGGUCGCACCAGUUGCAGCUGAGGCUCAACUGCCAAACCAGGACGCGGCUUUGCAUGUUGUGCCCCAAACAAAUGAUCUGCCUCCAGGACACCAGGAAACCCCACCAGACCAGAAUAAUGUGUUAUAGCACUUUGUUUAAAAUCUGAGGCUGGGACCCUUGCCCCACUUCUGCUCCUGUGUGACAAAGGGACAAUCUUU